CUGUAAUUCUGAGCUAGGAGUUAGUUUCAGCUCGGUCCCCCGGGCCUAUUAAAAGCCAACCAUAGUGCCGCUGGGGGCGUGGUUACCGUCCUGUUAGGGUUCUGGGAAGUGCGCUUCUCUGGGGGAACCAGGCCUGAUAAUACCAUAAAAGGCUUGGUUUUCUCAGUUCUGAAGCCGUGUUCUGACGACCUCCCUCUAGGAUCUGUAGUCGCGACUGCAUUGUGCGGAAUCCGUGGUUCCUGAAUGCCCAGUCCUCGGCUUCCUAUGCCCUUUUCUGGGCCCCACCCCCGUAAGCCGUACUCUUCCACUCUGGGAACGCCCCCGUGCGUAAAGGCCACGCCCCCUCGCCUCCGCUCCUCCUACCCAGCUGGUGGCUGAGCCCAGACGGUAGUUCGCGUUUUGAGCCGCUCGUGCCACCAUAGCUGCUUCUGCCGCUGCCGCAGCGGAGCUGAAAUCGCUGAGCGCGAUGCCUGAGGGCGCUGCGAGCCGGGCGGCCCUCGCGCCUGGGGGCUGGUGAGGCUGGGCCCGAGCGGGGGCGCUGGCGAGUAGCAGGGGCUUCUGAGGGAGCGAAAAGUGAAAGAUCUAGGGCUCCCGUGGCGGCCUGAGAGCGAGCUCGGGAGGGUCGUGGGUGGGGGAGGGAGGCCCCCGUGGCAGAACGAGUUGCAGGGCCAAGACGAGCCCCGCCGGGCUGAGUGUCCCUGCGGCCGCCGGCGCAGGUGCUCACGACCGCUGCGGGACUCCUUGGUAGCCUCGGGGUCCUCCUCCUCUAGACGCUGCUGUUGCCGUGAAAACAGUUGGGAGUUAACGGGAAUCGGAUCAGUCACUAGCCCUUCUAGGGCCCAUCUUAUCCUUUUAGUUGAACGCCUCUGGCAGGUGUGGGCCUGGCAUUUCUUCGCAGCUCAGGCUUUUUAACGCCCCCUUUCCCUGAGUCUGUCCUUAAGGCGUUUUAAGAAACCGCGCAGGGCUUGAAGGUGGGAAUGAGGCUAAGGGAGAGAGCAGUUACCUAGAGAUACGAGCUGCAGGCACGGCUUAGGCAGAAGGUAAGGUGGCCUCUACCAUCUCAGGUCAGUAAGAGGGCAUACCGGCAGGGCCUGUGGAGUGGGAAAGCAUUGCCGCUGUUGAGGCAAGUCUCAGGAUUGGGCCAGGAGCUGUCCCGGGGGCUCCUCAUCAUGAUGGCUGUGGAGGGGUCAACCAUUACCAGCCGGAUCAAGAACCUUCUGCGAUCCCCGUCCAUCAAAUUACGCAGGAGUAAGGCAGGAAACCGGCGAGAAGACCUCAGCUCCAAGGUGACCUUGGAGAAGGUGCUUGGAAUUACAGUGUCUGGAGGCAGAGGACUUGCCUGUGACCCCCGAUCCGGUUUAGUUGCCUACCCAGCUGGGUGUGUGGUCGUGCUGUUCAAUCCCCGGAAACACAAACAGCACCACAUCCUCAACAGCUCCAGGAAAACCAUCACUGCCCUUGCCUUCUCUCCUGAUGGCAAGUACUUGGUCACUGGAGAGAGUGGGCACAUGCCUGCCGUGCGCGUUUGGGAUGUGGCAGAGCACAGCCAGGUGGCUGAGCUGCAGGAGCACAAGUAUGGUGUGGCUUGUGUGGCCUUCUCCCCGAGCGCCAAGUACAUCGUCUCUGUGGGCUACCAGCAUGACAUGAUCGUCAAUGUCUGGGCUUGGAAGAAAAACAUCGUGGUGGCCUCUAAUAAGGUGUCCAGUCGGGUCACCGCGGUGUCCUUCUCUGAAGAUUGCAGCUACUUUGUCACUGCCGGUAACCGGCAUAUCAAAUUCUGGUACCUUGAUGACAGCAAGACCUCAAAGGUUAAUGCCACUGUGCCCCUGCUGGGCCGCUCGGGGCUGCUUGGCGAGUUGCGGAACAACCUGUUCACUGACGUGGCCUGUGGCAGAGGGAAGAAGGCAGACAGCACCUUCUGCAUCACGUCCUCAGGGCUGCUGUGCGAGUUCAGUGACCGGAGGCUUCUGGACAAGUGGGUGGAGCUGAGAAACACAGACAGCUUCACAACCACCGUGGCCCACUGCAUCUCCGUGAGCCAGGACUACAUCUUCUGUGGCUGCGCUGAUGGCACCGUGCGCCUCUUCAACCCCUCCAACCUGCACUUCCUCAGCACCCUUCCCCGGCCCCACGCCCUGGGGACAGACAUCGCCAGUGUCACGGAGGCCAGUCGCCUCUUCUCUGGAGCGGCCAAUGCCAGAUAUCCAGACACCAUCGCCUUGACCUUCGAUCCUACUAAUCAGUGGCUGUCUUGUGUGUACAACGACCACAGCAUUUAUGUUUGGGAUGUGAGGGACCCCAAGAAAGUGGGCAAGGUGUAUUCGGCUCUGUAUCAUUCCUCCUGCGUCUGGAGUGUGGAGGUCUACCCCGAAGUGAAGGACAGUAACCAGGCCUGCCUACCCCCCAGUUCCUUUAUCACCUGUUCCUCCGACAACACUAUCCGCCUGUGGAACACAGAGAGCUCCGGGGUGCAUGGCUCCACGCUGCACCGGAACAUCCUCAGCAAUGACCUCAUUAAGAUCAUCUAUGUGGAUGGGAACACUCAGGCCCUGCUGGACACUGAGCUGCCCGGGGGAGACAAAGCUGAUGGGUCCCUGAUGGAUCCCCGCGUGGGCAUUCGUUCUGUGUGUAUCAGCCCCAAUGGACAGCAUCUCGCUUCAGGGGACCGUGUGGGCACACUCAGGGUGCACGAACUGCAGUCCCUGAAUGAGAUGCUGAAGGUGGAGGCCCAUGACUCGGAAAUCCUGUGCCUGGAGUACUCUAAGCCGGACACAGGUCUGAAGCUCCUAGCGUCAGCGAGCCGGGACCGGCUGAUCCACGUGUUGGAUGCUGGACGGGAGUACAGCCUACAGCAGACACUGGACGAGCAUUCAUCCUCCAUCACUGCUGUGAAGUUUGCAGCCAGCGAUGGGCAAGUCCGCAUGAUCAGCUGUGGAGCAGACAAGAGCAUCUACUUCCGCACUGCGCAAAAGUCUGGAGAUGGAGUGCAGUUUACGCGGACACACCACGUGGUGCGGAAGACGACCCUCUACGACAUGGACGUGGAGCCCAGCUGGAAGUACACAGCCAUCGGCUGCCAGGACCGGAAUAUUCGGAUCUUUAACAUCAGCAGUGGGAAGCAGAAGAAGCUGUUUAAAGGGUCGCAGGGUGAGGACGGCACUCUGAUUAAGGUGCAGACGGACCCCUCAGGGAUCUAUAUCGCUACCAGCUGCUCCGACAAGAACCUCUCCAUUUUUGACUUUUCCUCAGGCGAGUGCGUGGCUACCAUGUUUGGCCACUCAGAGAUUGUCACUGGCAUGAAGUUUAGUAAUGACUGCAAACAUCUCAUCUCUGUAUCAGGGGACAGCUGCAUAUUUGUGUGGCGCCUGAGCUCAGAGAUGACCAUCAGCAUGAGGCAGCGUCUGGCCGAGCUGCGCCAGCGCCAGCGUGGGGGCAAGCAGCAAGGAUCGUCCUCUCCCCAGAGGGCCGCUGGACCCAACCGGCACGAGGCCCCCUCGAUGCUGUCUCCUGGACCAGCUCUCUCCUCAGACAGCGACAAGGAGGGAGAAGACGAGGGCACGGAGGAGGAGGAGCUCCCAGCGCUGCCCGUCCUUGCCAGGGGUGCCACGAAAGAGCCAGCCUCAGUGCCCAGCCCAGCCCUGCCCCGGAGCCUGUCCCACUGGGAGAUGAGUCGGGCACAGGAGACGGAGGAGUUCCUGGAUCCAGCCCCUGCCACCAACCAAGGACCCAGAAGAAGAGGGCGCUGGGCUCAGCCCGGCGUGGAGCUGAGUGUUCGCUCUAUGCUGGACCUGAGGCAGCUGGAGACACUGGCCCCAGGUCCUCGGGGUCCUCACCAGGACUCUCUGGCCAUGACCCCUUCAGGUCCUGGGAAGCACAGUUCCCAGGCCCCUGCGACGUCAAGCGUGAGCAAGAAUGAAAAGCUCCCCCGGCCUCAGGCUUCCCAACCCUGUUCCUGCCCCCACAUCAUCAGAUUGUUGUCCCAAGAGGAAGGGGUCUUUGCCCAAGAUCUGGAGCCUGCACCCAUAGAAGAUGGUAUUGUCUACCCGGAGCCGGGUGACAGCCCCACCCUGGAUACCAGUGAGUUCCAGGUGCAGGCACCAAGCCGAGGGACCCUGGGAAGAGUGUAUGCAGAUGGCAGGGGCUCAGAGAAGCAUAGCCCUGAUAGUGCGUGCUCUGUGGACUUCAGCAGCAGCCGCCUUUCCAGCCCUGAGCACCCCAAUGAAGACUCUGAGAGCACGGAGCCCCUGAGUGUGGAUGGCAUUUCCUCAGACCUUGAAGAGCCAGCCGAGGGUGAUGAGGAAGAAGAGGAAGAUGAGGGGGGCACUGGCCCCUAUGAGGUGCAGGAGGGCAGCCCCCAUACCCCAGACCAGGAGCAGUUUCUGAAACAGCACUUUGAGACUCUGGCCAACGGGGCUGCUCCAGGGGGCCCAGUCCGGGUACCAGAGCGGACAGAGUCUCGGAGCAUCUCUUCACGAUUCCUGUUGCAAGUGCAGAGCCCCUCACUCAGGGAACCAUCCCCAUCUUCCUCAAGCCUGGCAGUGACGUCGAGACUGGCCCAGGGGCUGCAGGUUUCUGGUGAGCAGCCAAGAGGCAGUGGUGCCAGUCCUCCAGGAGCACCCCCAGAGGCUGAGCCUUCCCCUGGAAACCCUGUGCUGUUGCCGCGACGCCGUCUUAGCCCGGACAAUGGCUGGUCCCCCAAGAGAGUGGCUGCAGCCGGCCCCACAGGUGGACUCCAGAAAGCCCAGUCGGUGCAGAGUCUGGUACCACAGGAUGAGGUCCCUCCACCAGGCCUGUUGCUCUCACAGGAGGUGGAAGCCCAGGGGUGCCUGCACUCCUUGCCCACAGCUAAUCGCCGUCUGUCUCGGCCCCACUCGUACCAGAGCCCCACCACCAGUUCCAUGGCCAAGAUUGCCCGCAGCAUCUCUGUUGGGGAAAACCUGGGUCUGGCUGCUGAACAUCAAGCUCCUGCCCCCGUCCGCAUCUCACCACUCAACAAGCUGGCCCUGCCCAGCCGGGCUCACUUGGUCCUGGAUAUCCCAAAGCCACUGCCUGAUCGUCCCACCUUGGCCACCUUCUCACCUGCUACCAAGGGCCAGGCCCCUGGUGAGGCAGAACAGCUCAGCUGCCUAGCGGGGCUAGGAAAGGCUCACAGUACAGCUGAGAGGCGGGCCUGUUCAGGGGCGGGUGCCACUCCCAAGCCUAGGACAGAGUGCCAGGCUCAGCCUGGGCCCAACAGCCCCCGUGCCCAGCAACUGCCGGCCAGCAGCCUCCUCCGAGGCCCUGUGAACUUGCAGCCCCCACCCCUUGAGAAGACUCCCAGCCCUGUGGAAUGUGCCAGGCCAGGGGCAACCCUGAGCCGGGACUCAGAGCCAGCAGUGAGCCUGGAGCAGUGCGAGCAGCUUGUGGCUGAGCUCCAGGGCAGUGUGCGCCAGGCCGUGCAGCUCUACCACUUGGUGGCCAGCUGUAAGACACCCUCGGUGGAACAAAGUCGCAUCACCCAGCUCCUCAGAAACACCUUCUCUUCAGUGCGGCAGGAGCUGGAGGCCCUGGCCGGGGCAGUGAUGGCCAGCCCGGGCGGGAGCCCUGGGGCUGUGGGGGCCGAGCAGACACAGGCCCUGCUGGAGCAAUACUCAGAGCUGCUGCUUCGAGCUGUGGAGCGGCGCAUGGAACGCAGACUCUGAGUUCCAGAAGCCUGUCCCCAGUGAAUGCUCCCCCCAUUCCAAACUGCAUCUCUCCUCCACUCACCAAAACCUGCAAGGAUGCUUGGAGUGGAGAGCAGGGAUCCAUGCUCAGUGGGGCCAUGGCUUUUGCAGCUGUUCCUCACGGGACCCCUGUAUUUAUUAAUUUAUUUCCCUGACUGUUGCCUCACUCUCUUGGAACUCCUGCCUCUACAGCCAUCUGGUGGCUCACGCAGGGGCAGAUCUUGGUCUUUGUCAUCUUGGUGCUGUGAGGAGUCAGAGGGCAGCCUGCCCCACCUGGGGCAAGUCCGGAAAGGCCUGCCCUCCCUUCUUAGAAGCCAUUUGAAAUUACUGCAGGGAUCAGCUCCCUGGGGUGGAGCACACACAGGGUAUCCAGGAGGGUAGAGGUGAGAGGUGAUCUGGUGUCCUUGCCCUCUGGCCAACAGCGGAACUUCACCUCUACCUCCAUGCCCCCUCCCACACCAGCUUACUCCCCUGAUUGCCAGAGUGGGGGUUGUCUGUUUUUCCCACUUGCUGGCAGUUCAGAAAGGCAGAGCCCUCUGGCCCUCUGGAGCCCUCCCAGCCAUCAGGAAGCUUGAGUUGGUGUCAAGGCCUGAGCCCCCACAUUCCACUCCCAUUCCCCCCUCCAGGGGGGCCCUAGCAUUGUCUCUUCCUGUGCCCCCUUUCUCUCCUGGCCAGAACUUGUGGAGCCAGCUGUGGGAUGUUGCUGCAGGACAGUAAAGCCCUCUGCUGGGCAAACAUCAAGCCCUGGCCUCCUUUCCUCAGCCCUUUGGCCUUCCCUGUUCUUCAGCCCUGGUCCCCAACAGGCUGCUGAAGCUGAGGCCACCUUCUCCCUUCAGCCUGAGUGAUGCUCAGUCAGAAGCCUGUGUUGGAACUUCCCUCGUAGUUUACAGGGCGCCGGCCCACCUUCUAAGGACCUUGGCCACAGAAGAAACCUACACAAAGGCACACACACACACACACUGUGCUGGCUGCUGUGUGCCUGCUUUCCUUUCAGAUCCCACACGCACACACCACACACACACCACACACACACACACACUGUGCUGGCUGACGUGUGCCUGCUUUCCUUUCACAUCACACACACACACACACACAUACACACACACACUGUGCUGGCUGAUGUGUGUCUGCUUUCCUUUCACAUCCUGCCCCUGGCUUCGUCACUCUGGCUCUUACCAAGAAUAUGAAGAGGGAUGAACACACUAAGCCUGGAUUCUGGAUUCUUGGUUUUCACAGUCUAGCUGAUGUGUAAUGGCCCAGAGUAUCUGUUUUGGGUAGAAGGAGCCUCCUCAAGGGGAGUGCUGGGCACCAGGUGUGUUGGAGGCUGGAGAGAGGGAGGCCCAUGGGGCUGCAGCAGGGGCCAAGAGACACGAAAUGUGGUAGGCGGGCCAGGUAAGUGGUAGAGGUGAGGGGACAGAGUUAGGAGGGUAGUGUUAGGGGUGAGGGGAAGGAGCCAGGGUACAAUGGGCAAGUAGAGUAGGACCAAGUACAGAAGCAGCUGUGGAAGAGUUGGGGUGAAGAAUGUGUCUCUAGGCCCUGCUGCUUCCUCUGCCUCAGGUAAGUCAGGGCAGCUCUGCUACAGCUCCAGCCUGGAAAGCUGUGUCCCUGUGGGCUCUGCUGGUGUUGUGGGUGGAGGCUUGAAGUUGGAUUCUCAAGGGUGCCCAGCUCUGCUUGCAUUAGUCACCUGACCCCUAUUUCACCCUCACUCUUCUCUACUACCACCACCUGCAUGGCCAAGCUGCCAAGAAAUCCUGGCCGAGGAACUCUCAGAGCUGAGUGUGGACCCCAAGAGGCCACAGCUGCCCUCGUUAUAGUCAGAAAUCCGCUCCCCAUGUACCCCUGACCAGCACAGCAGCUGCAGUCUACUGCAAGUGGGGCUCAGGCCUGGCCCUCUGGGCUGGGUUCCUGGCCACCCUCAGCCAGUCUAUCCCUCACGAGGACGGAGCGACACUCCUGCUGAGGUUUGUGGGAAGGUGGCCACCCUUUUGAUUACCAACCCCCACCCCCGCCCAGCGUGGGAAGAUGUUGUGGUCGGCGCCCGUCCCCUUCUGCAUGUCUGAAGCCACCGGCAACUGCCGCCCCCUUUCAGAUCUGCCCUGACCCAGUUUUGAAAGCCCCUUAUUUAUAACUUUUAUACUUUGCCCAGGCCAUGGCGCUUCCCCCACAUCCCCAGGUCUCACAGGGCAGAGGCUGUUUUUUAACAUGUCCGUUUGUAUUGAUGUAUGAACUCGUUAAUAAACACAAUCAUUUGCUAA